AUGUAUACUAUGACUUUAAAUUAUUAUGGUUAUGGGGUUGAUGGUGAGGUGCCGAGACAGUCAAACGAUUUGCAUAUAAAGAUAUUUUUAAAAGAAAACUGCGUAUGCACAAACAUAGAUGUACGUGCUUCAUUUGGUCGUGGGAAGAUGAAAGAAGAUAUGGCGGAUUUUGUCUGUGAUAUGCUUGCGUAUGACGUUGUUAGAGACAUAGAUGAUUUGCAAACAUCCUGGAUUGAUAAUUAUAGGGUGGCUGUUAAUGACACUGUAUUAUACGAGUUUGACGAUAUUGUAAAAGAUUUGUACAAUAGUUUGUGA